UCACGUGGGGCUCGAGCAUCUCUCUCUCUCUCUCUCUCUGUCGACUGAUCUCGAGGCUGUGUUUGACGGAGCUCGUGCAUCACAUCAGAGCCGUCCUUCACUCACUCGUCCUUCUCCUCUAAAGCAGGCGUUCCUGCCACGAUGGGAUGUGGACAUUCCUCCGCCAGCAGCACGACAGCAGGGGGUCCAGCAGAAGCUGCCAAGGAUGUGACAGAAGAUCCUUCGCCGGAUGAUGAGAAACGAAGGAACUAUGGAGGAGUGUAUGUGGGCCUUCCUGCUGACCUGACCUCGGUAGCUGCCAGCCAAUCAAAAUCCACACGUAAAGACUGAAAGCAGAUCGCAUGAAACGACAACGCUCUGCAGUCGCUCAGACGAUAUAUUCGAGGAAGGAGCUGCUUUUGGAAGCGAAUCCAGAAUGGGUCGGCACUUCGGAAUGACAUCACCGUGACAUCAUACCGGCUGGCGUACAGAAGGGUUCUGUUCGGAACACUGAGCAUUAUUGUGACUAUGAAUGUAGACUCUGUUGUCAUGGUGACCGCCGACCCCCCUGACCUCUCCGUCCGCCAGGAGGACAUCCUGGUAUUUCGGAGUCACCAUGGCAGGGCAUUUCCUGAGUCUGGAGACCCAUCAGAUCUGAUCAACUGUACGUCUCAUAACUGCAAUAACUGACUCUACUGAACCUAUUCCUUCAGGGGUUUUGUUUUCUUUCUUUUUUUAAUAAAAAUAACAGUUUAGUCAAGAUGUUUAGCACUAACAUGACUAGAGCUGUUGACAUGACUACUUAUUAAUAUAUAGACUGUAGUUUUCUUAUACAUUUUGAUAGUCACCUCACUAUUAGAGUUAACAUAUUAAUAGCAUUUACUAAUGGAAGAGUUCUAUUUAUUCUAUUUCAGGUUAUUGACCUGUGAUUGUACAGUGAACAUUUUUAGUGACUAAUGUGAAUUCUGUGUAUGAAUUAAAUACAUGAGAUUUGAAGAAA